AUGCCCAUAGACCUGCCAGUGGGUUACAUGUGUGUCUGCAAGAGGCACAAUGGCAGUUGUCCCCAUGCUGUCUCUCGCUCUACGUGGUACAAACACUUGCAAGCAGCUGAAACCGAGGAAGAAAGAGACACCAUUCAUGCCAGGAAUCUCUCUCUCAAUUUACAUGCACAGAUUCGAGCUCACGCUGAUGCCCUUGGUGAAUUGUCUUCAAGUGCUGGUCCUUCUCGAAAUGUUGCGACUGAUGCAGGAAGCUGUCUGCCAGAAAGACCUGAUGAGGCAGCACAAGGGAGUCAUCGCGGCCUUGUUGAUGAAGACCCCAUCAUUCCCAUGGGUGACAAAGAUCAGGAUUUCAACAUGCAGGAUAAUGGGAAUCUAGAUGGACCAGGUGAUGGGGAUAUUGGUGGAUGGAGGGAUGGGAAUUUGGAUGGGUGGGGUGAUGAUGGUCGCAGAGAUGAGGAGGUCCAUGCCCCACAACACAAUAAUCAGAGAGAACAACCAGCUAUUGAUAUCAAGGAACUCGCACAAUGA